CCUGCCUGCCUGCGGGUUGCGGGUGUGCGCCGGCCACGGCUGGCUCCGAGACGACCGGCGGCCGGCGGCGCCGUUGUUGAGAGAGUAGAGUGUAGAGUUUGUGAGUCAGUCAGCCGCCGGACAGCGACGCGAUAGCACGCAGUUCUGCGUCGACGCUCCGACUUGAAUGCCUCGUCGCUCUCUCGCUUCGCUUUCCCUCUUCGCGAAAUCAACGAAAUCGUACUCUCUCUCUCUCUUUCUGUCUUUCGUUAUGCGCGACACGAUAAUCGGACGGGCGAUCUGUCGAUCGUGACGAUUACAACGACGACGAAGACGACGACAACGACGACGCCGACGACGAUGAUCCCGAUGAUCUAAUUUGGGAGAAACACAUGUGCUCCCCGAUCCUCGGAGGACAAUCUUUCUUUUCGACGUAUACGAAGCACGUUUUGUUGCCGGUCGGCGGCAGAUUCGCCGCGUUUUUCGUCCUCGAAAUUCGAGCUGAUUUUAGAGUCGCAUCCUUGCGGAAUGUUGCCGCGCGACGCGUUCACCCUCGUGACGUUGUUGACAAGUCUUGCUGCCGCCGCCGCCGCCGCUACCAGAGGCCCGUUUGCGGAUUUAGAUUCGGAAGAUUACGAGGUGCUCGCCGACAACGAGGCGCGAUCCGACGAUAAAGAUUCUUCACAGAUGGGAGAAGUGAGAUGCUACUGCAAUAAACCGGAAUGUGUUCCUCAAGGAUACAUGUGUCGCGGUAGAGGAUGCUUUACAGAGUUACCAUCGAGCGCGAACGCGCCGCUCUCAAGAGCGGAAUACAGCGGUUGUCUGGACGAAAGCUUCAAAAAUCGCCAAUGCCUCACAGGAUUCCUCUGCUGUGAUCAGGAUCUCUGCAACCAUGUGGAUAAUCCUGCAAUGAGAAACAGACUCAAUAAGACUCUACGAGCGAUGAUCAGCGAUCAGCGAGCAUACUUGGCUCCAUUACAACCGGUUGCGCAGGACGAAGGUCAGGAUGCAGGCCAGGACAGAAGCCAGACAACGGUCCGUUGGUUUCCGAGUGCGAUCAUCGUAGCUAUCUGUGGAUUCAUCGCCCUGCUGAUCAUCUCCAGUUUAGCUGUCAGAUGGCUUCAUCCCGUGCCACAGCAAAAUACAAACAAAUUUGUGCCGUGUAGAACAUCCGACAACGGACCGCCCUUACUUGGACCACCAAAAGUGCCUCUGAUUUAAGAAAUUCCGCACGAUCCAAAGACGAAGUUUCUCGACGAAGGUGUUCGAAAUAAUAGUUUAAUUAGUAAAGCUGACUUUAGUAUAUGACUCACGGACAAUCGAGAGUUGUGCCAUAUACGUAUACUCGUGUAGAGGAGGAAUGCCCAACAUUCGUAUUAGAAUCUUGAUCGUAGUAGAUAUACUUUGGAUAAAAUUACUUUACAAUAAAUAGUAAUCUUAUUCCAAUAUUUAACCUUGUUUAAAUUCCAUUUCUUACAGUGUAUUUUUUUAAUAUACAAGUAUACAGGUUUCUGUGAGAUUUUAUAGAGAUGCGCCGGAGUCAUAUACUAAAAGAGUCCAGUCAUAAGGCUAUCUAGAAAGCUAAUGGACCGUCGGAGGCCCCACUUGGCUGUGAAUUUUACGAAGAAAGCAACUAUUGUAAAUUAUAUCGUAAUGAUUAGUACGUAUUUUACUUGUUGCAUUUCCUCGAAACGUCGUCGCGGCGGCGUGAGAUCUAAGAGUGAGAACGAGGAGUCAAGACUUUUAGAGACCCUCUAAACAUGACUUUACGCGACAAUGCAGUGCAUACAGUUUCUGUGUCGUUGUAAGAUUGUAAAUAUAGAUAUACCUAUAUAUGUAUUUUUUUAUCAUAUUGAAUUUGACGAUGUUGCUCGAAUUACGAUGUAACUCGCGUGAGCGCGAUCUGUUAAUGUUGCAAUCAUCGUGAAUUCUUGUUCCCUAUAAAAAAAAUUAUUAUAAAAUUAUUAUACAUAAUGUCUAUUUACAAAAUAGUAGCCCUCGAGAAAGUAAGGAAAGACUACAUUUCAAAUUAUCUCAUAACGGGAAAUAAAUUUGAACAAUAAUUGACAUAAUUUUGUUGUGCCGUUGCGAUUUCAGUCACAGCCAUUAAAUUUAUAAAAGAGAGCAUACUUUUUAGGAAUUUAACUAUAUAUUUUUAAGUAUAUUCCGUAUAAACACUAUAUUGUGAUAUAUAGUACACGACGUAAUGAUGACUAAAUAAAUACAUGUAGAGAUCUGCCUAGAUUUUGUUUUACAUUGUGUUACUUGUGAGAAGUGAAGAAAAAAAAAUCAAAGUAAAGUGUAUUUUUAAGCGUC